AUGAUUCCUUAUUCAGAAGAAAAUGAUGGCUUUAAAUAUUUAUUAACUGUAAUUGAUUGCUUUUCAAAAUAUGCAUGGGUAGUCCCAUUAAAAAAUAAAAAUGGAUUUACAACAUCACAAGCACUUCAAACAAUUUUCAAGCAAAGAAAACCUCAAAAAAUGCAAACGGAUAAAGGAAAAGAAUAUUAUAACAAGGAAAUAAAUAAACUUUUUAAAGCUAAUAGUAUCAUUCAUUUUUCUACAGAAUCAGAUAAAAAAGCUUCAAUUAUUGAAAGAUUUAAUAGAACACUAAAAGAGAAAAUGUGGAAGAUAUUUACGUUUAAUGAUAAUCAUAAAUGGAUAGAAAGUCUAGGUGAUUUAGUCAACAAUUAUAAUAAUUCAUAUCAUAGAAGUAUAAAAAUGUCACCAAUUAAAGCAAGUGAUCCUAAAAAUAAGACAAUUGUACACAAAAACUUGUUUGGAAACACUCAAUUACUAGAAGUACCCAAUAAAAAAACAAAAUUCAAUAUUGGUGACACUGUAAGAGUUACAAAAUACAAGACUAUAUUUGCAAAAGGAUAUCUACCGAAUUGGAGUACAGAACAGUUUAAAAUUGAUAAAGUUCAUAACACCUCUCCUAUCACAUACGAGAUUAAAGAUUUAGCGGAUGAGAAAAUCAAAGGAAAGUUUUAUGAGGAAGAACUAACUUUACAUAAAAAUAUUGAAAAUAAAUAUCAUAUCGAAAAAAUUCUAAAACGGAGAACUCGAAAUGGAAAAAGAGAAGUACUAGUGAAAUGGUAUGGAUAUCCAGAAAAAUUUAAUUCAUGGAUCCCUGAAAGUAAUCUAUCAGACCCAUAA